AUGGCUGGGGAGAGAAGUGUUUUUGGGGACAGAAAGGAUCACCUAAAGAGAAAAGGGCAGUCUGGGCCAGAUUCAAGCACAAAGAGAAACAAAGAGAGACACCCAGCGCAGAGCGCCGAAAUAGCGCAGAAGAUGCAAAGGCCAGCAAAAAGAACAAAAAGCGAAAGAAAUGCUGCAGGAGGCUCCAAACUAAAGAACGCUAAUAAAAAAGAAGAUCCAUCUGUGAGAUCAGCGUUUAUUGGCAAGAGUGUUACAGUCAAGUACCUAGGAAGAGAAAUAAAAGGUGUGUGCGAGAUGAUUGACACAUAUUUAAAUGUAGUCGUAUCGAAUGAGCAUAACACCUACAUUGUGAAGGGGUGUGUUGUGGAGGAAAUCGAGGAAAACAAGUAG